AGGUAAGUAACGCUGCGAAUAGGUAUCUAUCGCAGCCACUUGAUCUUGCCUUAUCUUUGCUGAUAGUAGGAUGUCAACAGUGCAACAUUAACUCUUCCUCAAUCAACUCACGAUUUAAACGGCUAUCAUUUCGGACCCAGGGCCAUUGUCAGCAAUCAGCAAGAACUCACUCUUUUUCAAGCGCAUUUUGACGACUUCGGCCGUCAAUUUUCUCAAGGCUUCCGAUCGUUCGCACCAACCACCACCUCUCAAGAUGUCUUCCCAAUCCCCCAUUCCCCUCUCGCUCUCCAUCUCCCAACCUUCGCCCUCCCUCUCUCCGCCCACCGUCCUUCUCACCCUCGCCAACACCUCCCCCGACGUCCCCGUUACCCUGCUCACCUGGUCCUCCCCUCUCGACUCCCUCGCCCUCCAGCUCGGCCUCAUCCAAGUCUCCUCCCCCUCCAACCCUGACAACAAAAUCGACUUCCCUCAGCUGAUGAUCAACCGCGCCAUGCCUCCGCCCGAGGAUGCGCUGGUCACUUUGGGUCCCGGAGAAGAGAAGAGUCAGGAGGUGGUGUUGAGGGAGCCGAUUGUCGAUGGAGAUAAACUCAAGGAGUUGGCGGAGGAGGGAAAGGUGGGGGUUAGGGUUGUAUGUGGGAAGGACAAGGAGGAGGAGGAGGAGAGCGGGGUCGUGGUUUGGGUGGGGAAGAAGAGGGAGGAAGUUAGUCCUGAGGAGGUUGAGAUGCUGGGAAGAGGAAAGGAGGCCAAGAGGUGGAAGGUUGAGAGUGAGGUUUUUGGGAUGAAGGUUGAUGGGGCGUGAUGGGUUUGUUGGUGUUGCACUUUCGAAAGGAAGAAGAAAAGGAAAGGAAAAG